AUGUGCGGCAUCUUUUUCUCGGUUGCAAAACACCGUGCGAUCCGGCCUGAUUCUCCUACUGCGAAUGAGCUCAACGCACGUGGGCCCGACAGCUACAAAGAAUUGAACGUCAGGCUUCCAUUUCCGCAGUUAGACGACCUGCACUUGACGUUUGUCUCAUCUGUCCUUGCUCUACGAGGGGAUUCGGUUCAAAUCCAACCCCUACAGGACCGCCCUUCGGGCUCCAUCCUCUGCUGGAAUGGCGAGGCAUGGAAAGUGGACGGAGUCAGAGUAGAUGGAAACGACUCGAUCCAGAUCUUUGAUCUUCUCUUGCAUGCCUCGCAGUCGACUGAACACGGUGACUAUCAGCAGCGAAUUGCUCGAGUGCUGACAAACAUAGCCGGGCCUUUUGCAUUUGUCUUCUAUGAUGCUACGCAUGCAACCGUCUUCUAUGGGAGAGACCGGCUGGGGCGUCGUUCUUUGCUCACUAGUCAUGACGAUGGGGAUUCACUGACGCUUUGUAGUAUUGGCGUUACACCUGUUGAUGUACUGGAUGAAGAGGUGUCCACUAGUACUAUCCAUUUUGUCUCUCUAAGACACAGUCGAAUCACCCGUGGCGAACUUCCAUGGCAAAUCAUACCCCCCGUGAUCAACAGGGCUGGUCAUUUGGAGCUUCUUGAAUCGAUGCCAACUGCAAAAAGUGUCGAUCGCUUCCUGCAGUUAUUGAAUGCUGCUCUAAAACUAAGACUCUUGGACAUUCCAGAUCAUCACCACCGCCAGGGCAUGCCACAUUCUCCGAAAAUCGCCAUACUCUUCUCAGGAGGCUUGGACUGUUCACUGCUCGCCCGCCUUGCGCAUGAUCUUCUCCCCAAAUCAGAAGCUAUAGAUCUGUUGAAUGUGGCAUUUGAAAACCCACGGUCACUAGCCGCGAGGAACGACACUACAGAUUCAGCCUAUGAGUUCUGCCCCGACAGGAUCACGGGUCGCUCUAGCUUCACAGAACUUUGCGAAGUGUGUCCAGACCGAACCUGGAGAUUCGUGGCAGUUGAUGUGCCUUACAAGGAGUCACAAGCUUGCAAAGCCAGCAUUCAACAACUGAUGCACCCUCACAAGACGGAGAUGGACUUGUCUAUCACCAUGGCACUCUUCUUUGCUGCCGAGGGGAGAGGAGGUUUAUCCGAAAAUGCAAAUGUACAGCAGUCAUCCAACGAACUCUACACCUCCCAGGCUCGAGUCCUUCUUUCAGGCUUGGGAGCAGAUGAGUUAUAUGCUGGAUAUUCGCGACACGCUGCAGCAUUUGCACGAGGCGGAUUUCUCGACUUGAUAGACGAACUCGAGCUAGAUUUCAAUCGAAUCGGAUCCCGCAACUUGGGUCGGGAUGACCGUGUUCUGAGUCAUUGGGGUAAAGAGGUGCGUUACCCUUAUCUAGAUGAAGAUUUCGUGAGGUUUUCUCUGGAUCUUCCGGUAUGGGAAAAAUGCGGAUUCAGAUCGUCCAAAAGAAUUCCCAAGCAUUAUGAAGAAUUCCAUCGGCCAGAUAAGCCUGAAGAUCUUGAGCCGUCGAAGAUGUUGCUGAGAUUAGCCAUGUGGAAGCUAGGCAUGCGGAGAGUUGCUUCGGAAAGGAAGAGGGCCAUCCAAUUCGGCGCCAGGACUGCAAAGAUGGAUGUUGGUAAAGGAAGGACAAAAGGGACAGACAUUUUAGUCAAUGGAAGCUGA